AUGCAAGAAGAAGAAGUUCCGAACGUCCCAGAGAAUCCUACUUCUAUUCCUCCUGAUGCAUCCCAUGCGGAGAAAAUAGAGGAUGAAGAAGACGAAUAUAUGGACCUUAUGGCUGUUUCACCUUCUCCAGAGUCACCAUCCAAACGUCCAUUCCAUGAUUCUGAUGAAGAAAACACUCAGAGAAUGGAGAAAAGGCUGAAGACAAAGGUCCCUGAAGAUGACACUCCUCCAAGAACGUUUCUUGAGAUGGUGCUGACAGAUGUCGAUCAUGAGAUUGGAUUCUUGACUAGCAUUGUUAAUUUCCGCGAAAAGUAUAUGUUAUACCCAUAUUUUGAUUCCGUUUCUUUGGAACAUUUCAUCAAGAAUUGGCUUCAAAUCGAAACCAGUAAUCAGCAACUGCUUGAAGUAAUAGUGAAGCUGCGAAAGAAAUACAUGAAUGCUAAUACCAAGAUGGGUGCAAGUGAGAAUUUUUCUGAUGCUCGUGAUCAGAUGGCAUUCAAUUUUGCAGACAAGUUAUGGAGUAAUGAAAAAGAAGAAGAUUGGAGGUUUCUGAAAAUGGGGAUUAUUGCACCAGUACCACAUGGACCUGAUGAUGAAGAACCUGAUUCUGCAGGUGGAGAUCCCGGAUGCAGUUAA